AUGGGUUCAGCAUCUCCAGCCAUGAAGCCUGAUGUAACGUUGACCCUAUGCUUGUCAUCCCCGGAUCAUUUUGAAGCCAUCAACACCGAAGAAAGAGGGAUUCUUCUCAUUCAGAUGCUCCUAAAAUGUGCCAUGCACGCCUCUUCCGGCAACCUCCACCGCGCUGACGCCUGCCUGCACCAGAUCUCCCACCAUGCCUCCAUUUCCGGCGACUCCAUGCAGCGCCUCGCAGCCCGGUUCGCCUCCGCCCUCGCGGUCCGCCUUGUGAAGCGUUGGCCUGGCCUAUACAAAGCCUUGAACCGCAAUCCAUCCUGGCAGCCCAAAGCUGAUUGGGCCGGACCCAUCUUUGGCAAGGUCUUCCCUCACCUCGAGCUUGCCUAUAGCAUCAUAGCCCAAACCCUAACCCGAACCAUGGCGGAGGAGCGGGUCAUCCAUAUAUUGGACACUGGGUCGGGUGACCCUGAGUUGUGGGUCCCACUUCUUCAUAGUUUUGCACAUAUGCCACAUGGUCCUCCCCACUUGAAAAUCACUUGCAUUAGUAGUAACAAACUUGCUUUAGAGAAGCUGGGCAUUAGGCUUGUGAAAGAGGCUGAAGCCCUUGCCAUGCCCUUCCAAUUUAACCCUCUAAACGUGACUCUACGAGACCUAACCAUUGACAUGCUUAGGGUGAGAUCAGGGGAGGCAUUAGCCAUUACAUCGGUCCUUAAUCUUCACACCUUAUUAGCCGAGGAUGAUCGUGUGGACGCGCAUUUUGGACUCAAUAAGGGCAACAUUGUGAAGGAAUGUAAGCAAAUGAGUCGAUUUCUAGCAACGGUCAGGUCAAUGUCUCCUAAGAUAGUAUUAUUAGUCGAACAAGAAUCUGAUCAUAAUCUAAAUCGUUUAACAGAUCGAUUCGUUCAAGGCUUAUAUUACUAUAGCGCAAUUUUUGACUCUAUGAAUGCAACUUUAGGGAGUUCAUCAAGUGAGGAGCGACUUGCGGUAGAGGAGAUGUACGGAAGAGAGAUUGAAAAUAUAGUGGCAUGCGAAGGGUUGGAGAGGGUGGAGAGGCAUGAGAGUUAUGGAAGGUGGAUGGUUAGGUUGGGGCGAGGUGGGUUCAAGCCAGUGCGACUGUGGUAUGAGAGUAUGGAGGGUGUGAAGGAUUUGGUGGGAGGAGAUGGGGAGGAUGGGUAUACGGUUAGAAAUGAGAGGGCUAGUUUGAUGAUAUGUUGGAGUCAAAGGCCUCUUUAUGCCAUAUCUGCAUGGAUUUCCCAGUAA